AUGUUUGUUUGUGUUUUACAUCAAUACAACCAAGCCAUCCCAAACUAUACUAAUCAUCACCCGCCCUCAACACCAACCUCGGCACCCGCCCUCAACACCAACCUCAGCACCCGCCCUCAACACCAACCUCAGCACCCGCCCUCAACACCAACCUCAGCACCCGCCCUCAACACCAACCUCAGCACCCGCCCUCAACACCAACCUCAGCACCCGCCCUCAACACCAACCUCAGCACCCGCCCUCAACACCAACCUCAGCACCCGCGCCCUCAACACCAACCUCAGCACCCGCCCUCUAUGUACUAGCACCCGCCCUCAACACCAACCUCAGCACCUCGCGCCCUCAACCUCAGCACCCGCCCUCAACACCAACCUCAGCACCCGCCCUCAACACCAACCUCAGCACCCGCACCCGCCCUCAACACCUCAACCUCACCUCAGCACCCGCCCUCAACACCAACCUCAGCACCCGCCCUCAACACAGGAAUACAAGUAG